AACGAUGUAGUCUCCAGACUGCAGUCCAAGCAGCUCUUCCAGUCCGACUGGGACAUUGCCUCUUUUGCAGUCUUCUUCAUCUUCAUCGGUAUGAUUCUGCUGCUGGUCAUUCUGGUCCUCAUCCGCUGCUGCUGCUGCUGCUGCUGCGACGAUGAGAAGAUUACAAGUAAGAAGGACCGGAGGCACAUAUGA